AGUGUAAUUGAUAAACCACCAUUCGUGAAGGUGUUCGCCUACAUGAGUUUGAUAAUAAUCAUAUGCAAUCUGUCCUGGUGCCACAUGGCGGUGCGCGGCAAAUGCCGUGUGGCAGUUCGUAGCCAUUAACAUGAGCAGUUGCAAAUUUCCAGCAUCAGAGAGAGAGAGAGAGAACUGGAAGACACAAUUGUUGAUUGUAGAACCGCUGUGUCAGAAUUUAGGCAUAAGGAAUGGCGCAAGAGAUCAAGAAGGAGAUGGCCGGUGUUUGGGGUCAGUCGGAAGACGAUGUGUCGACAAAGCAAUCCCUUCAUCGACAGCCACAGGCCGACUCCGGUGCUGCCCUCCAGUCGUUCCUUGACCGCAUCCCCAUCAGCUCCCUCCCCGGCAUCAAUAACUCUCCUGCCCAAGUCUUCGAACUGAGGGCCGAUCAUAGCGUGAGAGAUGCAGUUUGCUUGCUCUACAAGAACAAUGUGUCUGGUGCACCCAUCGCAGAUGCCCCAUCAGACACCGCUAGGAGAUUCUCCGACAGAUACAUCGGUUUCGUCGAUUUGGCGACCCUGGUCCUCUGGUCUCUCGAGGAAAUCGAGACGGAUCGUAAUGCACAGCCCUUGGAGGAGCUCAGCCAUCAGAAUGAUGGCCACACCAGUUUCUUCUCCAUGUUAGAUCAAAAUUCUCGAACCCGGCAAACCAAGGUGAUCGAGCUAGCGAAAUCAUUCCUGUUGGACCCCUUUUUGCCUGUUCGGUUAGAAGACUCCCUCUUCCAUGUCCUUCUGCUCCUUUCGAAGCAUCGUGUGCAGGUUCUUCCAGUCAUAGAGCCGUCCAAGUGUCAAGUCAUCGGCUUCGUCACACAGAACGCAGUCAUACAGUUGCUUCUUCAAUCAACCGGACUCGAGUGGUUCGAUAGCAUUUCAGAUCAAGCCAUAUCAGAAUAUAGGUUUGAGAACGAAGACCAUAUGGUCUGCGUCUAUGAGAACCAAACGGUAGCUGAAGCUCUGCUUACGCUGAGGGAAAACCAGAUGGGUGCAAUCGCAGUCUUAAACCGGAAGACGAGGCAGCUCAUCGGUUGCUUCCGGAGCAGCGACAUCUAUCUUCUACUCGACAACGACUAUGUUUUCCAUUACCGAACGAGUAUCACUGUUGAAGCCUUCAUUCACAUGGAGCCAGACGACAAUGCACGAGGCGACCCCACGAUCGACCAGGACCUCAGGGCGCUCCUGAAACCUGGGUUGCUUUGCCUCAAGAAUGGGUUUUACCCAAGAAUGGACUCUCCAAUCACCAGCAAGAAGAGCGACACUCUCAAGCAAGCCAUGAAGAAGUUGGAGGAGGCCAAGUGCGACUCCAGCUUCUUACUGGACAACACUGGUGCGGUCCGAGGGGUCCUUACGUCGAGGGACGUGAUCACCCAGUUCGCUCCGCCCAGCACAGACUCCAGAUUCAGAGGAGGUCAUGGCUUCUUUGAGUCAGCCCUGGAGCAGACUGGAUGUCAUGUUGAAGACGGACAACUCAUCCAAGAUAAAUGAUUUCUUUAACCUUCUUGCCGAACAAUCCGUUCCUUCGACGUAGUUAUUCUUCUCGGACAAAUCUUCUACAUUGUCAGUCUUCACAGACGGAUCGUCUAAUCUUCUGGUUUUGGCAUGAGAUCAAUGAGAAUUCCUCAUGGUUGGCAAUCAAGAUGAGAUAAUUUUCGAGGUUCAGCUCAUAAGCAAGCGAUGAGAUCAUUAUUAUGCAGAGAAAAAUGGACUGUAUUACCGUAUUAUCCUGCAAAACUCAACAAUAACAAUUCGGAAUAUAAUUUUUAGAUAAACACUAGCUCGAGAAAUUUCUGCUCUCUUCACAUAUCUAAAGCCAAACUAUGCAAUAGUCAAAACCUCCAUCAGGAAACGAAAAAUUGCAAA